UAAUUUAGCAUUAAAUACACAUAAAUAUACGAAAAUAGAUUAAACUGACAAUUUUAUCGUUACAUACAAUUUACAUUUACAAAGAUACGUGUUUCAAUUAAAAGAGUAAUAUAACGAGAAAUAUCGAUGAUUCAUCCGUCUCUUAAAUGUAAAUUAUUUACUUUGUGUAACAUAAUGCACCAUUUUGAGAAUAUAUUAUCAAGGAUUUGGAGUAUGUGCAGUAAUCAAUAUAUCUGAAACGUUGAAAAUGGAAAAAAUAUGGAAGUUGAACAGAAGACAGAUAUACCUUUCUUUGGGGUUAGUUACAUCUUUAAGUAUUAUUUACCUGCAAACAUACGUAUCAAAUCGCACAGAUUUACAAGCAGAAACACCUUUUAAGAUGGCCCCUUAUCCGUCGCCGGUAGUGCGGGCAGACAGACAGACGAAUCGAAACCAGUUAAAAUCGCUUGAUGUAUAUAAAGAUCCAAUGGAAAUUUACAAAUCGGGCGUAAGAUGCAAUGACAGUUUGUUAGCUGCUGAAGCCACACGUUCUGCUAUUUAUAUACAAGGUAGAAGCUCGGUCGUUCUCGGGGAGUAUUUUUGCUUUUCUGUUGUACUGUACAAUGGAUAUGGCAAUCCCAAAGUCAUAGGAGGCGAUCAUUUGCGAGCAAGACUAUUCAACGAGCGCCUAAAAGCAUACACACCUGGUACUAUUUUAGACCAUGGUAAUGGCACAUACACUGCAACAGUUCAAGCUUUAUGGACUGGGCAAGCGCAGUUACAAGUGGAAGUGUUGUAUACAAAAGAAAUCAUGACCACUGCUGUUCGUUUAAGGAGUACAUGGGACUUUGACGGUAUCAAAGCAAUAUAUAUGAACAAGAACCUCUCUGACAGUACAGCAUGUGGUCCGGACUAUAAAACAGUUCUAAGACAUUCUAAAAUAUCCAAACUAUGCGAUUUUUCAUACUGGAACAAAACACAACCUUGGUUUUGUGGGAAACCUAAAGGUAAACUUUCAUGUAAACAUUGGAUAACAAUCACUCGAGACUGGGCGAAUUUCACCAUAGGAAUCAGCCUGUGUGAAGAAGAAUUGUGCAAAAGUGAUCGUACCACGACCAUACCGUCGAACAUAACUGUACAAACACUUCCAAGAACGGAUAAUAAAUACAAUACAACGUUUCAAGAAGCAAAUAUCCCUUGUUCUUUUUACAACAAUACUAAAUUAUGGUUCAAAGAAAAGCCUACAGGAUAUUUCUACAACGACAGGUGGAUUCUUUUACAUUGUAAAGGUAUUGAACACUUUGAUGGACAAUGCUUAAAGAAUAAAACCAUUGUGUUUUGGGGAGACUCUACCCUCUUUCAGUGGUGUACAUAUUUAAUGGAGAAACUCUGCCCUGGCGGUAAAUAUGCUUUCUCCGAAUGGAGUAAAAUAAAAAAAUGCACCAUCUGUAAAUACAGCAUAAACAUAUGUUUUCUCGGACAUAAUAUUCCAGUAUUUCAAUUCUGGAAGGAAGAUUUGCAUAGUUUUUUUAUAAACAAUUCCUUUGAAGAUUUCAUCAAUGCAAGAUCAGGCAAAGGAAAAGAUCUCCUGCUAGUGCUUCAUUUGUAUCUUCAUAUCCAGCAGUAUCAUUUUGAUUAUUAUGCUGCACAUAUUUUGGAAUUAAGAAGAAGUUUAGUGCGGAUAUUUGAAACGAAACCCAAUAUCAAAGUGUUUAUUAAAUUACCACAUACACAUCGAAGAAUGGAUGUUGGAGAGUGGCAACUCAGAGUAAAUGAUUAUAUUGGAUUAGUUUACUCCAAUAUUUUGCGCCAAGCUUUUAAAGGGCUUUAUAAUAAAGUAACUGUUCUAGACCAGAUGGAUGCAACCGUUGCUAAACGUAGCUUGGAUAUACAUCCAUCAAGAGCGUUAGUUGGCGAAAUGGUUAAUCAAUUUUUAAGUUAUAUAUGUAUUUGCUAA